CGUUAGGUGACGCUAUCAUGGAUAACAAGUGUAAAAAUUCUGAUGUCGAACUUACCCUGAAUUACCGUGAAAGUUAUGCGCGUCACCAUUUUUCAUUCACCAUUUAUUCCUCUCGCAAAUAUUUCAAACACCUCUCCCGCCAUGAAGCCGUAAGAGACUGUUGCCGACUACUAAAACGUUCCAGUGAACAGUUCCGCACACUUUUCUGCAAAGCGCACAAUCUCCCGCUUCAGCAAGACUCAUGCGCUGACCCAGCGUCACCACCCGCGGAACGCAUUUGUACACAGCCUUGCACCUCUGCGUAACCGAGCGUUCACCUUAGUGUGCUGUCCCAACCGCCGCAGCGGCCGCGGGACGUCGCACGCCUACGUUGAAGUUGGCAGACAUGGAACGCUCUGCACACGAGAAUGAUACGAGUGAACUCCACACCAUCGGACAACAAGCAUGGCUGAAGUUCUGCGUGAUGCUUGUGACGUUGCAAUGUUUCUUCACUUCUACUCACUGCUUCGACCAGGUGUGCUACUUCCCUGCACCGACAUCACCGGAGGCACUGCCCCUCGCCAUGGUGAAUGUGAGUCUUUGCAGCCACAUCAUCUUGGGCUUCGCCGCGGUCGGCGACGACUACAGCGUCGACCUGGAUCCCGUUGGUGGUCAGGAAGCACUUGCAUCCUUGUCUGCUUUACGGAAGCGCAGAGCGGGGCUGAAGCUUAUGAUUUCGGUAGGAGGCGGAGACAGCUUCAAGGAAAUGGCGUCCACUGCGUCCCGCCGUCAGCGAUUUAUCAACUCCGCGGCUUGGGCACUGCGGACAGCAGACCUUGACGGGCUUGACCUGGAUUGGGAGUUCCCUUCGCCCAAGGAUGCCAACAAUUUCGUCCACCUUCUCGAGGAAGCCUCUGAGGAGCUGAAGAAUGAUCCUGAGCGCCCCCUUCUUCUCUCAGUUGCUGUGCCCGCUCCCUUGUCACUCGUCCUAGAGUCAUAUGAUGUCCUCUAUAUUGCUAAGUACGCAGAUUUUGUGAACCUGAUGACCUACGACAUGCACACCUAUCACUGGUACACUCCGUUUGUGGACCACAACAGUCCACUGUUUGCGAGAUCUGGUGAACUUCCCUUCUUUAAUACGCUCAACUUGGCUUAUAGCGCCAAUGCGUGGGCAACAUUGGGCAUGCCCAAAUCGAAAAUCAUGGUUGGUAUCCCCACAUACGGGCUCUCCUGGGUGCUCAAGAAUCCUACGCGAUGGCAAGUUGGCUCCUUGGCUACCGGAUGUGACAAACACGGAGGUGGUUUCGUCACUUUACCAGAAGUAUGUGCACUACUGAGCGACGGUGCGCAGCGAGAGUACGACGCCGAAUCAAUGGUCCCAUACCUGCACAAAGAAAAACUUUGGGUUAGCUACGACGACCAGGCAAGCGUGGCACUCAAGACAACGUGGAUUCUUCGCAAUGGAUACGGAGGCACCAUGACCUUCAGCCUGAGCUCCGACGACUGGGCUGGGAAAUGUGGCAACGGAUCCUUCCCGCUCCAGAGUGUGAUUGCGCACUUCGGCACUGGGAACUACUCAGUACAUCUGACUGAUAUUCUCUAAAGCCUUAACAUAACCAUAGUUUUACUGCAGCUUAAUACAAUACUUAUGCGCACGAGCUUCUGAACGGCCGAUUCGCUUUCUCGCCCGGCAUUCGAUUGACACGAAAAUCCUGCAAAUGGUUUGGGGCCAUACGUCGCAUUCUUAUGAUUGUGCAUCCGGAAAUUUUAAAAACCGUAGGCUAUUUCCAACAUUUCCAGCUGUUUGCAAUUCAUGAGAAACGCGUUUAUGUUUUUGGUGAAACAAAGUGUUGAAUUUUGA